AUGCGAGUGAAGAAGGGUGGCAAGACUUAUGAUCGAGGAAAACGCUUACACCAAGAGAAAGGAAGGAAGUGUGAGACACCCCAACAAGGAAAUUAUCACACAAAGGGCUCAGAUAGUGAUGCAGAAGAUAAGUGGCUCAAGUAUAGGGAAUUCCCAAAUGAUACAGGCAGAGAUAUGUUUGCUUCAUCUUCCAGUGGCUCAUCAUCAGAGAUGUCUGCUUUUGACAAGCUACUUGCAAAUGAUCCUAUCCAUAUUCCAUGUUUGAGGUUGCAGACUGUACCACUUAGCCAGAUUUGUGGUCACAUUUCUUCAUCUUCAGACUCAUCAGGUCAUUCUUUGUCAGACUCUUCCUUGGGCUUCUUUGCAAGUCCAAAACCCAGACAGGGUGCCUCUCCUACAAGGACAAAAGCUAUACCUGCAAGCUCUAAUGAUCAUAUCACUCAAGGAUAUUGUCUCAGAUCUACAAAAUCAUCUUCAGCUGCAACUCCUGAUAUUUCUGGAGCAGAAUGGGCUCCUAACUCUAGCAGGAUUGAAGCUCUUGGACAUGAAGUCUUCUUGAUCCGGCCAUCUUCUGGGGAGGAGGUGACAGGCACUAAGUUUGUGGAACUGGAGCAGCCCUCAAGAACCCAUUCUCCAAGAAGUUCCAAUUGGCAAUGCAGGAGGGCUAGAAGCACUUCCCCUGCCAAAAAUCAAGAAGACACAUUUGGAGUAUCAAACAAUAAAUCAAGUAUAAAUAAAAGGUCAAGGAAGCUAUCUUCCAAGCCUGCAACUCAGUUGUCUGCUUCUGAAAGAUGGCCAAGAUCUCAGAAGUCUCUUCCAACCAAGACUUCUGAUAUCCAGGCAUCAGUUUCUAACUCAAAUGGGAUUCAGUCUUCUGUAGAUGAUUAUCAUGAUGUUGGUUCGUUCUUGUCACAUUCACAAUCUGUUGAAGAGAAAUGUAGUCUUCCCACAUCAAGCACCCCUUUUCCAAACCUGAACUUCCAACAAGGACCUCAUCUUUUUAUGAGUGGUGUCACUCCUGUGCCUGCAUCUGUGGUUCCUUUCUCUACCCUCAGGCUUGACUUGCAUCCAAACAGAUCAAAGACUGCUUCAACAACACCAAGAUUUGAGGUUGAGUGCAAAAUUACCACAAGAGGGAAGAGAAGAACACGUCUCUAUCAUGAAUACCAGCAAGAAAAUGCCUGUCCUUUUAAUCCUUGCAGUGAUGAUUUGCAAGUUCUAAUGGAAGGUAUGAUAAACUUAAAUCUUGGUCCCUUGACAAAUGUCUCCAAAGAAUCUCAAAGUAACAAACCAUCACAGGAAAAUAUUAUUUCUGUAUCUGAGAACAUCCUUCCUCAGGUUUUGUCUUUCAAGGGGGAAUGCAAUGAUGCCCAAUGUAUUGCUGGAAGAUCUUCAGAGGUGAAUACUCUGCAAGAAGCAGGGCAAGCUUUCCCCCAUCCAUCUGCUUCUGUGUACAACCCUCUUUCCCUUGAUAGCAAACAAAGGAUUGGAUGCAUUGAAAUGAAUGGCUUGAACCCAGAACAAUUACCAGUGAUGGACAAUCAGGAGGUGCAUGACACUGAAAGCAUUAACCUUAGAGAAAAAAAGAUUGACAUUGAUGGUGAAGUCCUUGCAUCAAUGCCCAAUAGAGUGUCAGAGCCCAGUGAUUGUGCCAAUGUGUCUUAUACUAAUGUGGAGGAUGAGUCAUCCCCGGAACACCUUUGCCAUGGAAUACUUCAGCCUGUUCAAAAAGCACCUUGUGCCUUUCCUGAAGGAAAUGCUGAUGGAGGGAAGGCAAUUGAGGUUCAAUGCCCAGAACAGAAAAAGUCUCUUAUGUUCAUGAGUCAGGAGCUAUGUGAUGUAGAAUGUGUUCCCAAAGAUUGCAUGACUGACCUAACCUGGAAGGACCCUAAUGCUAAGGAUGAGUUAUUCCAGGGAUGCCACAUCCAGGAACAUAUGUUCAUUUACAAUGGAUAUGGUGCUUUUCCAAAGGAGACAGCCAAUGAAAGUGGAGCAAAGAGGAAUAAGGAAGAGUCUAAGAACUUGGAGAAUGCUGGAAAUGUUUUGACAGUUAUGAAUGGCAUUGCCAGUAGUGAUGAACCCAGUAAAUUAAAGAGGAAGUUCAACUCAUAUGUUACAGGAGAUUAUUCAACCAUUCCAAAGUUUCAGGAAAGACGGACUCUGUUUGUUUCUGCACCAGAGAAAAUAGAAUGUGAUUAUCAAAAGUCCAUCAUUGACAUCUGUUCCUACAAUGAUGGGAAACCCAUGCGAUUCUCAAAGUUUGUUCGUAAAAUGAAUGUGGAAAGAAGCUCAAAACUUGGAGAAGGAGUUUACGGUGAGGUAUAUCGGCUGCCAGAGGGUUCUGUUUUGAAGGUCAUCCCAGUGGGACGUGAAGCUCAGCUUGAACCCUAUCUCCAGACAAGUUUUGAAGACAUCUAUUCAGAACUAAUCAUUGCCAGGUGA